AUGCCACAAAAACGCGGCGCUGAAGAUCAAGAACCAAUCAAUGUUGACUCCGGCUCCGACAUUGAGUCUGUGAAGGCACCUUUCAAGGCCAAAAGCACCAGAACCAGCAAGAAAAGCUGGGUCUGGCAUCCAAGAUUAUACCCGAAAUCGAAUGGACGCCGAGACCCUCGAAGGACUUAUCUGCCUGAAAGAUUGGCUUGCCGAAGACAUGAUCAAUGUCGAUGA